CUGCCGGUGCGGCGGUGACGGCGGCCGGGGCGAUGUCUGCGCGCAGCCGCCACCGCCCCCGCCUCCACUCCGGCUCCCCGCCCCGAGCUCCGCCCCCGCCACUUGGGGCACUUCACUCCGGCGAGGCGGGGAGGGCCCCGGACUCCGACGGCGGCUCGGACGCCGACUCGGAGGUGGGUCCGGGGAACCCGACUCGGACCGCGGAGGCAGCGGAGGAGGAAAUGGCAGGUCCUAAUCAACUCUGCAUUCGCCGCUGGACUACCAAGCAUGUAGCUGUGUGGCUGAAGGAUGAAGGCUUUUUUGAAUAUGUGGACAUUUUAUGCAAUAAGCACCGACUUGAUGGAAUCACAUUGUUAACAUUGACUGAAUAUGAUCUGCGGUCUCCUCCUCUGGAAAUCAAAGUCUUAGGGGACAUUAAAAGGUUAAUGCUCUCGGUCCGAAAAUUGCAGAAGAUACAUAUUGAUGUUUUGGAAGAGAUGGGCUACAACAGUGACAGUCCCAUGGGUUCCAUGACCCCUUUCAUCAGUGCUCUUCAGAGUACAGACUGGCUCUGUAAUGGAGAGCUUUCCCAUGACUGUGACGGACCCAUCACUGACUUGAAUUCUGAUCAGUAUCAGUACAUGAAUGGUAAAAACAAACAUUCUGUUCGAAGAUUGGACCCAGAGUACUGGAAGACUAUACUGAGUUGUAUAUAUGUUUUUAUAGUAUUUGGAUUUACAUCUUUCAUUAUGGUUAUUGUCCAUGAGCGAGUGCCUGACAUGCAGACCUAUCCACCACUCCCAGAUAUAUUUUUAGACAGCGUUCCUAGAAUCCCAUGGGCCUUUGCCAUGACGGAAGUAUGUGGCAUGAUUCUGUGCUAUAUUUGGCUCCUGGUUCUUCUUCUUCACAAGCACAGGUCAAUACUUCUGCGAAGGCUCUGUAGUCUGAUGGGAACUGUAUUCUUGCUUCGAUGCUUUACCAUGUUUGUGACCUCCCUCUCCGUGCCAGGACAACACCUGCAGUGUACUGGAAAGAUAUACGGCAGUGUAUGGGAGAAAUUACAUAGGGCCUUUGCCAUUUGGAGUGGCUUUGGUAUGACCCUGACUGGCGUUCACACAUGUGGAGAUUACAUGUUCAGUGGCCACACAGUUGUCCUAACUAUGCUGAAUUUCUUUGUCACCGAAUAUACACCAAGAAGCUGGAAUUUCUUGCACACUUUAUCCUGGGUUCUCAACCUCUUUGGAAUCUUCUUCAUCUUGGCUGCCCAUGAACAUUAUUCCAUUGAUGUGUUUAUUGCUUUUUAUAUAACAACAAGACUCUUUUUGUACUACCAUACUCUGGCCAAUACCAGAGCAUAUCAGCAGAGCAGGAGAGCAAGGAUUUGGUUUCCCAUGUUCUCCUUUUUUGAGUGCAAUGUUAAUGGCACAGUACCUAAUGAAUAUUGUUGGCCAUUUUCAAAACCAGCAAUAAUGAAAAGACUAAUUGGAUGAAGAUUAUCUUUCUAAUGAGUUUGUGAUUAAAUAUGUAAUAGUUGUUGAAAAUGAGUAACUUUGCGUUCUCCCCCUAGGUUGUUCCUAGAUGCCUGGCUUAUAUGUUGAUGAACUAAAGUUUCCUGUUCUGAGCAGAGUUAUCAUUAUACAAACCAAGAAAGAACAAUCAAGAGUCCUUAUGUAGCUGUUUGAACAGAAAGCUUAAGUAGAUGUUUUCUGCCCCUUCACUUUAGGAAGACAAUAUUGUGAUUGAAGUCAGGCUGUUACCUUUACCUGUUGAGUAUUUGCUUAUUGAACUUUAAACAAGUCAACUCAGCAGUUUGCUGGUUGAGAGAUUUUCAUUUCCAGUAGAGCUGUAGUCAAGACAUAAUAUAUUUUGAAGCUCUUUAUUAUCUUUAAAAGAAGAAACCCUACCAAAUAAUCAGUACUUGUUCUUUGGACUAAUCUCUGUGUCAGUUUAAAAAAUGCAACCCUGGGACAUGAUCUGUUUUACUGCAAACAGUUUCGCCUUCUGAACCAUCUCUAAGUACACUGAGCAUACCAGGAUGCCUGAAAUAAGAAGAGAAUGAAAGAGGCCAUUUAUGAUAUGACAGAGUACUGACCAAGAUGCCAUUGGCCUCCUCAUUAAUGCAAAUGUAGGGCUGGCAUUUUUCACCAAAGACGCAACAAAAGAUGCAGUGCCUAUUUUGUUCUGAGUGUUCAGUAUGACCAUCAGUAAGUAUUCAUGAGGGGAAAAUGGCUGCAUCCAUAAAAAUAAAUGAAUUUAAUGUUAGUGGUAAAGGUACCUGGAAUAACUUUGUGCUAUAGUUGUUAGAUGACAGUCCAAUUUUAUGCUUUUUUAAUGUUGUUAUUUAAUGAGCCAAAUAGGAGUGUUUUGCAGAUGUUAGAUAAAGUUCUUAUGUCAUUAAGUAGGGAAGUAUGCAUGCAAAGAAUUGUUUUCUCCUGAAAAGAAACUUAUAGCAAGCAUAAUAUCAGUUUUUGGUUUUUGAAAUUCCUUGUUCUUGGCCAUUGGAAGUAAGUAGUCUCAGACAUACUUGGAUAUGAAAAAGUUAUUGUUUUUUACUUUAUAAUGGUGUAUAUACAUUCUUUCUAUUUAGUCUUAAUUUGGCAGUCAGGAAGUGAUAUAACUUAGCUGCUCUUUGCAACACUAGAAAUUUAGUACUUUAAGUCAUUUCACCUCUGUGAUAACAUUUGUUUUAUUUUUAUGAUUUUAUACAAUAGUUAUGACAGUAGGAUGGUUAUGGAAUUGGAAUUUCAACCCCAACUAAUGAGCUUAGCUGCUCGGAAUAUUAAUUAUGUAGUUUUUACAUUCCAUUUUAAAACAAAGACUUAGAAAAGGUGCUGGCAUUCUGAGGCCUAACAUUAGGCUGCAUAGCAGAAGCUUGCUCCUUCCUUACCUGGGUGAAAUUUUUUUUUUUCUUUUUUUUUUUUUUGCACUUUGAGUCAUAUUCCCACCCCUGUAUAAGCUACAUAGGAGCCUGAAUGAAUUGGGUAGGAAAGGAAAUUAUGCAAACAAGUCUCAGCUAGUGUUGAAUGACCCCAAUUUGUAUCUGCUCUGAACAUUAUUUUUUUCUCACUUGAGAAAUGGUGCAAGGCAAUUCAAGUUUUAUGCUUUUAACACUCACACCUCAGAAUCUGAUAUCUUAAAUUGCUGAUUCUGUUACAUGCUAGGAACAAAACGCCAACAUCUCAUGUAAAGAAGUUGCAUAAUCAUGAAAAGUAAAGGAUAUUUUCUAUGCUAGUUAGAGUGGUUUGACCCUUGAGGUUAAAAGAUGUGUGACUCUUAUUUUUCUACAUGACAGAACAGACUGAAUUUAGCUAGGGAGGCACAGAUGUUGGCUUUUGGGAAAGAGUUCAAAAAUCUUUAUGGCAAUAUUAAUGUUAAAAUGUUAAGUUGAGUACAGUGGUGCAAGGCUGUAGUCCCAGCUUCUGAGGAGGCUAACUUAGCCUUAGAGGCAGGAGGAUUGGUUGAGGCCGGGAGUUAGAGGCUGGAGUGUGUUAUGAUAAUGCCUGUGAAUAACUACUAUAUUCCAGCCUGGGCAAAUGUAGCAAGACUCCUUCUCUUAAAAACAUGGCCAGCUGCAAUGGCUUAUGCCUGUAAUCCCAGCACUUUGGGAGACCAAGGCAGGCAAGAUCGAGACCAGCCUGGCCAAUGUGGCGAGACCUCAUCUACUACAACUACAAAAAUUGGCUGGGCAUGGUGGCACACACCUGUAAUCCCAGUUACUUGGAAAGUUGAGGCACAAGAAUUGCUUGAACCCGAGAGGUGGAGGUUGCAGUGAGCUGAGAUUGCGCCAUUGCACUCCAGCCUGAGUGACAGAGUGAGACUCCAUCUCAAAAAAAAAAAAAAAAAAAAAUGGGUUCACUGGCUGACGCCUGUAAUCCCAGCACUUUGGGAGGUUGAGGCAGGAGGAUCACUUGAGCUCAGGAGUACAAAAGCAGCCUGGGCAACAAAGUGAGACUUCGUCUCUACAAAAAGCUUUUUAGAAAAUAAGCUGGGCGUCAUGGUGCAUGCCUGUGGUCCCAGCUGUAUGGGAGCCUGAGGCAGGAGGAUCACUUGAGCCCCAGGAGGUUGAAGCUACAGUGAGCUAUAAUCAUGCCACUGCACUCCAGCCUGGGUGACAGAGUGAGACCCUGUCUCAAUAAAUAAAUAACAAAAAAUUAAAUAGCUAUUAACCUCAGUGUUGUUUCCUUCAUAUAAAUUUUAUUCUAGAACCAAAUAGAAAAAUAAAUGCAACUAACUUUGCAGAGCUAUUGACAUUGAGAGUGCCUAACCACAAUGGAGACUGUAAAAUAACUUUUCAGCCUUGCAUUUGCUCAUACAUGUUUUGAGGAAAAUGUAAGUUAGGUUUAUAACUCAUUGUUUUAACUAUUAUUAUUAUAAGGCAGUGUUUACAUAAAUUAAUCAUCUCUUUCUUGGAAAACAUUGAGACAAAAUUAUUUUCAGUUUUACCUAAACAUGAAACCUAUAUUUUAGUUGCUUUUUGUUUUGUCCAGAAAUUUUCAGAUUUUUGUCUUCAUAUUUUUUUUCUGGUUAAAAUCUAAAUCACAGUGAAGAUAGUAUUUAUGUUUACAUUUUAUCUGUGAAUGUGGCUAAGCAGAGAAGCUAUAUGCCUUGGGUCUGCGUAUUUUUUGACAUUGUGUUUGGUUCUAUAGGUGCAGACUUGUGAGAGGCUUACGUCAUCACGGAGACUUUAGUAUAGAAGAAACCAAAAUGUUUUUGGUUUGGGGAUGCAAACUGGAGUUUGUGUUGCAAGUCCUCGAUGCAUUUUCUGUGUUCCUGAGAGCAGUGUCACCUUUUUUCUUUUUCCUUUUUCUUUUCUUUUCUUUUUUUUUUUUUAAGACCAGGCAGGGUAGUGUUAUUGAAGAGUAACUGAAGAGUCAGUAGAGAGUAAGAGGUUUUGAAGAAGGCAGGUUUGCUGUUGUCACCAAAUAAUUUGGGGGAAACCUUUCUUGGCUGUGCUGCAAGAAUUCUUUGGCUAUCCUCUCCAUGAUUCUCUGACCAGAAUUGCUAGGGCAAAAACAGAACUUCUGGCUCUAUUUAUUUGUAUCCUUUGAAAUCAGAAAGCAAUGAACUUAGCGUUAGAAGCAGUCAGUUAAGGGCCGGGCGCGGUGGCUCAAGCCUGUAAUCCCAGCACUUUGGGAGGCUGAGGCUGGUGGAUCACGAGGUCAAGAGAUCGAGACCAUCCUGGUCAACAUGGUAAAACCCCGUCUCUACUAAAAAUACAAAAAUUAGCUGGGCAUGGUGGCGCAUGCCUGUAAUCCCAGCUACUCAGGAGGCUGAGGCAGGAGAAUUGCCUGAACCCAGGAGGCAGAGGUUGCGGUGAGCCGAGAUCACGCCAUUGCACUCCAGCCUGGGUAACAAGAGCGAAACUCCGUCUCAAAAAAAAAAAAAAGAAAGAAAAAAGAAGCAGUCAGUUAAAUACUAUGGGCUAUUCACAUGAAAAACCCAGUGUCAGAGAGACCAGAACCCACUGACCCAAGAGACCUGUAGGGAAUGUAACUCUUACUCUGUGAGCAGUGGUCUUUUGUGCCCUGUCCCUGCCUGUGUGUUUUUCCAGAAAUCCAAUAAUUUGUAAAUGGGGAACAGAGGAGCCAGAUUAUUUUAUUAGCUGAUAAGAAACAGUCUGUUUUAGAAACAGCUGUUUGAAAAGUAUUACUCAUAUAUUCACAAAGUCAUAUUUAUAACACUAAUCUGCUUUGACUGUAUUCAGCAAAAGGCAGUUUCACCAUUAAUUUCAUAGUAAACUUUUUAAAAAGAUUCUAGAUCUAAAUUGCCUAAGAAUGUUAACCACAUUCUUGUUUUAAACUCUAAUUUAAUAAAUUUAAUUAUUUGAUAGUCUUUUAUAGACUUAAGUUUUCUUCAUACUAAAGGUAAUUAUGUUAUAGUCAUUUGCCAGUUCUUUAAGGUAUUCAGGCAUUUGAGACAAGAAAGCUCUGUUGUAGAAUAGUCCAAUUGCUUUCUUAAACAGUAUUGGUUUCAUUUAGACAGUUUUUUAGCCAGCAAAGGUGUCAAUUUUAAUGCCAACUUGACAGUUUAACAGUUCGUGGUUGUCAGCAGUUUAGCCUAAAUUUCCCCGUACUGCUAUAGAGCAGAACUGUUGGUAACAUCAGAGUCAGAAUGCUGCAGAUGACUGAGAAGAAUGGAAAGAGACCAAGCAGGUUUUUCUGUUCUUUUCCCUGUCUUUGAGUAGCUCUGAAUGACUAAAAUUAGUAUGAAACUAGGUUUUACACUCCCUUUUCCCCUCACCUAGAUGUAAUGCCACCAAUAUCAAAUAACUAAAAUGUAACCAAUUACUUUGCAUCAAGUUCUGUACAAAUAUCUCUGAAUUCUGUAAGCCAUAUUUCAGCUAUUCUGGUUUUUAGAAUACAUUCUACCCUAAAUUAACCAAAGGACUUCUUAUUCAAUGUAUUUCAUGUUUCAGCAUGAGGAAGGUUUGUGUCUGAUACGGCAAGAGAAAGAACACUAUGGUGAUUUCAUUGUUACUUCAGGUCUCUUUCGAUCUGAAGGACUGUAGAGAAUUGAACAUAGCCAAUUCUCCAAUAUUAUCAGUUAGUAAUGUCAUCUUAAAAAUGUUCAGUUUUACUGAUUUUUAUUCCAAGAAUCUAUGUAUUAUUAGAAAAAUGAAGUAUUUCUGAUAAUGGAACAAAGAAAGUGGAAACUGGUACUUAGUGGGGGAAGCAAAAUUAGCUUGGACUAAAAUGGACAUGUUUUGUUUUGUGAAUUCUACCUAAAUGUCUCCCUAUCUACAGAGAAAUUAGUAUUACUUGAAGAUGUGAAAGUUCCUGUGGUAGCCAUACCUUGAAGCACAGUGUUGUACAUAAGUAAAUAUAUUGAUUCUAAAUUAAAUCCAGAUUUAACUAAUAUAUAUUAUUUUAUAUCUUUGUUGUAUUAAAAUGUUUAAAAACACUAAAAAUAAAACAUUUGAAAGUUGGA